AUGGCGACGUCCCCGGCCGGUCGUAUGCUGUCUCGCCAGCUGCAGCAGAUGCAAUCCGACAAGGACAUUCCCGGAAUCAGCUGUGGUCUAGUCGACAGCAACGUUUUCGAAUGGGAGGUUAUGCUCAUGAUCUCGGACGACGUGAAGUUGUAUGGAGGUAUGGCUUUCCGCUGGGAGGAUAGAGUUGCUGACACUCGGCUCACAGGUGGUUUCUUCCGCGCUCGCCUCACUUUCCCUAUCGAGUACCCUCACAUGCCGCCCAAGAUGAAGUUCGAAUCUCCUCUCUUCCAUCCCAACAUCUACCCCAAUGGUGACGUCUGCAUCUCUAUCCUGCACCCUCCCGAGGAAGACAAGUACGGCUACGAGUCUGCCGCCGAGCGCUGGUCGCCCGUCCAGACCCCCGAGACCAUCUUGCUCUCUGUCAUUUCCAUGCUCUCCAGCCCCAACGACGAGAGCCCGGCAAAUGUGGAGGCUGCCCGCCUGUGGCGUGAAAACCCAGCCGAGUUCAAGAAGCGUGUGCGUCGGUGCGUGCGGGAGAGUUUAGGCGAGGAGUAA